AUUAAAUUUGCCUCACUAGGAUGAUUCAUUGUUUAAAUCACUUCGUAGUUGUGUAUUGAUUGCUCAGAAAUAAACAUCACCAUGGCCGAGAUACCCACCCAACCUCCUUCCCGUUCACUAAAAGACAAAGUCGCCAUUGUCACAGGCGCCGGCUGCUUUGGAGAUGGAAUUGGCAAUGGCAGAGCGAUAUCGAUCAUGUUGGCCAAUGAAGGUUGUAAUGUGAUAUGCCUUGACAUGAAUCUUGGAUGGGCAACAAAGACGGCUGAUAUGGCCAACCAAAGCUCAGCCUCCAAGAAGGUAAUACCGGCACAAGGAAAUGUCACAGACGCAAUCGAUUGUGAAAAAGCCGUUGCUCUUGCAUUGAAGGAGUUUGGGCGCCUGGAUAUUCUGGUCAACAAUGUCGGCAUAGCAGGCGCGUCGGGGACUGCUAUUGACGUGGAUAUGGCCAAGUGGACAAUGGGUCUUGAGGUCAAUGUGUCAAGCAUGGUUUUGAUGGCAAAGUAUGCCAUACCCGCAAUGACCAAGAAUGAUGGAGAGAUCAAGGGUUCUAUUGUCAACAUGGGGAGUGUAGCUGGCUUGAAGGGCGGUACACCUCAUUUGCUCUAUCCAACCGCAAAAGGAGCAGUGGUCAAUAUGACCAGAGCCAUGGCCGCUCAUCAUGCCAAAGAUGGUAUCAGAGUAAACUGCGUUUGUCCUGGAAUGCUUUAUACACCGAUGAUGUACGCCAAAGGUAUGUCAGAUGAGGCUAGAGAAGCAAGGAAGGCAAGGAGUCUACUCGGAACUGAGGGUACAGCUUGGGAUGCUGCUUGUGCAGUUGUGUUUCUGGCGAGUAACCAUGCAAGGUGGAUCACGGGUGCUAUUUUGCCGGUUGAUGCUGGAACGACCGCUGCUGUUGGAACUAGCCUGCCUGCUGGUGCGAGCGUUAAUGGUUGAAGUAGACAGAAAAACAAUUCGAUGUGAUCGGUCUGGUCAGUAAACUAACUCUAUAGCAUCGAUGAG